CACAGUUUCGUUUACAGGCAUCUGAUGUUGUUUGGGUAGCUGGGCUACUUUUUUCCCUUUAAGUGGACCUUUGUGAUUAAAAAAAAGAAUAAAUCUUGUUGUUAGAUUGUCUCCAGGGCAGAAAUGGCCAGAGAACAGCGGCCUCACUGGGCCGAUAUUCUGAAGAGGAGGUUAGCAAACUCCAAAAGAGACGAGAAGAGCGAAGAGGAAAAGAAAGCAGAAGAAACGGAGCUGUUCUCCAAGUAUUACAGCGAGUGGAAGGGCGGAAGCGACAGCGGAAACUCCUACAGGACCAUCCCAAGGUUCUACUACAGGCUACCAGCAGAAGAUGAAGUAUUGCUUCAGAAACUAAGAGAGGAAUCCAGAGCGGUCUUCCUCCAGAGGAAGAGCAGAGAGCUGCUCGAUAACGAGGAACUGCAGAAUUUGUGGUUUCUGCUCGAUAAGCACCAGGUGCCUCCACUGAGCGGAGAGGAGGCCAUGAUUAACUACGAAGCCUACCUGCAGGUGGGGGAAAAGGCCGGGACCAAGUGCAAAAAAUUCUUCACAGCCAGAGUUUAUGCCAAGCUGCUGCACAAUGACCCUUACGGCCGGAUCUCCAUCAUGCAGUUCUUCAACUACGUCAUGAGGAAAGUGUGGCUGCAUCAGACCCGGAUAGGCCUAAGUCUGUAUGAUGUGGCAGGACAGGGAUACCUCAGAGAGUCUGAUCUGGAGAACUACAUCCUGGAGCUGAUCCCCACUCUACCUCAGCUGGACGGCUUGGAGAAGUCCUUCUACUCUUUCUACGUUUGCACCGCUGUCCGCAAGUUCUUUUUCUUCCUCGACCCCCUCCGAACAGGAAAGAUUAAAAUCCAAGACAUCUUGGCCUGCAGUUUUCUGGAUGACUUGUUGGAGCUGAGAGAUGAGGAGUUGUCUAAAGAGAGUCAGGAGUCCAACUGGUUCUCAGCCCCAUCGGCUCUCCGGGUCUACGGCCAGUACCUGAACCUGGAUAAGGACCACAACGGCAUGCUGAGCAAAGAGGAGCUUUCACGUUAUGGCACGGCCACUCUCACCUCAGUGUUUUUGGACAGAGUGUUUCAGGAGUGCCUCACAUAUGAGGGAGAAAUGGACUAUAAGACCUAUUUAGACUUUGUUCUGGCCCUGGAGAACAGGAAGGAGCCAGCAGCUUUACAGUACAUCUUUAAACUUUUGGACAUGGAGAAUCAAGGACACCUCAACGUCUUCUCCCUCAACUACUUCUUCAGGGCCAUCCAGGAGCAGAUUAAGCUGCACGGGCAGGAGCCGGUCUCCUUCCAGGAUGUAAAGGAUGAGAUCUUUGACAUGGUGAAACCUAAAGACCCCUACAAGAUCACGCUCCAGGAUCUGGUGAACAGCUGUCAGGGCGACACAGUGGUCAGCAUCCUGAUUGACCUCAAUGGCUUCUGGACUUACGAGAACAGAGAAGUCCUGGUGGCAAAUGACAAUGAUGGCGGCAGCAGCAGCAGGGGCAGCAUGGCUGACUUUGAUGAUACUUGAAGAGGAUUUGGGGUUGAAACAAAGAGAUUGACAGUGACUCUUUUUACUUGCAAACCUGUGAAGGCCUCGAGGACUUGGAAGAAGAAAAGUGAGGAGCUUGU